AUGGAAGGGGUGAUAUCAGGGAUUCAGCAAAAUUGGAAGGCAAAUUGCGAUGCAAUUAGUAUUUGGGGAUUAUUUAGACAUGGACAGAGGAAUCCAGGAAUUAAGUAUUCCGAAAACAUUGAACAUGUCAUUGAUAUAAGGAAAGAUUUGAUAAAAAGACAUAAAGAGGGCAAAGGCUCACUAUGUGUUCAAGAUGUUGAAAAUUUAGCAGAUUGGAAAGUAAAUCCUAGGAUGUUUACCGACUUGCACGACACCACAGAAGAAGGUCUAUAUGAAAUGCAUGGAAUAGCCAAGAGGUUAAAGGAAGCCUACAAAAAUUUAAUUGGAGACCUCCAACCGGAGACAUAUACGUUUAGAUCAAGUUUCCAACCAUAUAUACGUUUAUGUAUUGACAGUUUCCUUGAAGGAUUGGGACAGCCUGAUUUAAAAGUUGAUGAAAUAAGAAGACGCGAUAUUAUGUCGGCAUUUGAUGACUGCAAGAGAUAUAAAAAAUUUGUGAAACAUAACCAAACGACGUUUUCCUUGGCAUACCAGUAUCAGACUACGGCAGAAUAUUUAAAGUCAAAAGAAAACGUUCAAAAACGUAUAGGUAUAAACUAUGAAUUGACAAAUGAAGAAUUCAUAUCGUUGUAUGAUCUCUGCCGUUACACUUGGUCAGCAGUCGAUGAUAAACCGAGUCCCUGGUGUGCUCUUUUUGAUGAAGAAGAUCUUAAAAUUCAAGAGUACUAUGAAGAUUUAAGGCUUUAUUACAGAAAUGGUUAUGGAAACCCAUGGAAUAUAGAAUUUGGUCGCAUUCCACUAGCAGAUUUACUUAAAACCUUUCAAUUAGAAAAAGAAAAGCCUCGCAAAAAAAUCACUGCAUAUUUCUCACAUGCAACCAUGCUUAGUAUGACGUACAGUGCUCUUGGCCUUUUCAAGGAUGACAAACCUUUGACUCCUUAUAAUAGAGACGACCACAGAAAAUGGAGAACUAGUGAACAUGCUUUAUUUGGGGGAAGUUUAAUAGCUGUUCUAAACAAAUGUAAUAAAAAAGCGCCCGAUGACUUUGUGGUUGAAUUUUAUAUGAAUGAAAAACCAUUGGAGGAAUUAUGCAAUCACGGUAUUUGCACCUGGGACGAAUUCCAAGAAAUGCUACGGCCUUCUAAAAAUAAAACUUUUGAAAAUGUCUGUUACAUGAAAAUGUGA